UAAUAUUGCAAACUUAAAUAUUAGAGAAAAAAUUCAUCGAAAUAUGACAAACGUGUUGAAAUUCAUAUUGAAACUGAAAUGUCGAUAAUUUCUAAAAAAAUUAUGUAGAAAUUGUUAAUACAACAACAUUUUGAUGUCUUGGUUAGCUGACCUAGCUGGAAAGGCAGAAUCUCUGCUUGAGAAGGUUGAUCAAACAGCUGCAAAUGCACUUCACGCUGAUAAGGGUGCCGGUAGCAAUUCUGGGCCUUCAAAAUUUCCUACUUCAUCAUUUCAUUCGGAGACCUCUACUCUUGAAAGGGUUUCAAAAACUCAUCUAAAUCAUGGAAAGAAUGUGUCAAGCAGUAUUAUUAAUCAUUAUAUAGGUCGACCUCCAUCACCAAACCCAAAGACUAGUUCCCAACCUUCUCGGGUGUCUUCGCAAUCAGACAUAAGUCGUCAUACAAGUGACGACCAACUUUUUGAGUUUCUCAACAGUGGAAAGGACAAAAAGUUAGCUUCAAACAGACUUCAUCCAACUCCACCUCUUGAAACAUCUUCUCCUAAGUUACCAAAGCUUAAUAAUUUGGUCUUUGAACAUAAGAAACAAACAAAUUUGACGUCAUCAGAAAGUGAAAGUGACGAAUCGUCGGUUGAUGUUAUUGAAUCAAGUCAACAAGAAAGUAAUGACAAAAUUGUUGCAUCUAAAUCAUCCAAUUUGGAGACCAUAUCCAGUACAGAAACAAAGGCUAGCAAUGAGAGGACGGCAGAGCGUCCAGUUAGCGUGUCGAACUUGGAACUAGAAAAUCAGCUUUUGCGCAAAGAAGUAGAAUCAUUAAACGAGGAAUUAUUAUCGCUUGCGAAACGUUGUAAGGAUGCACAAGAAAGAUUAGAGAAUGCCAAGAAAGAUAGUGGGAGAAUAAAUGAACAAUUGAAGAAAGAAGAGACAUUAUUGCGAGAAUAUCAGUCACGAGAAGAUGAUUUGAGAGAGGUGCUAACGGCGAAGGAUUCUCAAUUGGCAGUGUUAAGAAUUCGAAUUCAGGAGAGCGAUCAAGAGUUGCAAGAAACUAAAGCAAAAUUAACGAAAUUUCAAAACGAGAAUGAAAGAAUUCUCCGAGAUCACAACGACUCCAGUGGUGUUCAAAACCAAGUUCUUGAAGAUUUAAAAACACAACUACAGGAUGCUAAGCUUGCAUUGAAACAUGAACAAGAAAUUCAUCAACAGUCAAUGACUGAAAGUUUGGAGCGUCAAGCUAAACUCGAGGAUGAGCAGAGAUCUUUGGCGGAAACAUUGAAAUCAUUACAAAAAAAUGUUGUCGAUGAAAAAGGAAAUGCAAAUGACUACAUGAACAAACUAGGGAUCUGCGAAAACAAGCUGUCGAGCGCCAACCAUGAAUUUCGUGAUUACAAGGAAAAGGCUGGAAGGAUUCUUCAAGCCAAGGAGAAGGUUAUUGCAAGCUUGAAGGAAGGAAAAAGUUUGCUUGGGGUUAGUUCUGGGAUUACAAAUGCUGAAUUUGAAGCAGUGUGUCAAGAAAGAGACGUUUUACGCGAUGAGUUACAUCAAGUAAAGUAUAAUAUGGAACAGAUGAAAGUUGACAUUCAGGAAAUGGAGCAGCAACUACAGACUGACAGUGAAACUGCUCAAGAACAAUUAAAUCAUUUACAGUCUUUGUUGGAUGAUGAGAAGCGUUUCAAAGAAGACGCAAACCAUGACGUUUUAAGAAUAAGGGGGGAACUACAAGCUGUAAGUGACGAUCAUUACAGACAGAAAACAGCGUUGAUAACACAAAUUAAAGGAAAAGAAAGUGAAAUCGAGAAGCUCAAAAAUCAACUACUAGCUAAAUCCUACGCGACUACGACAGAAGAAGAAUUGGAGAAGCGUGUUCGAGCUCUUACUGAGAAUCUUAUUGAAAAACAAACUGUCAUCGAGGCGUUGAGUACAGAAAAAAGUUCUCUUGUGCUACAACUGGAACGACUAGAGAUAAAGUAUAAUGAUAUACAACGUACGAGCAGCUCCAAAAUCAACGUGAUGACGACACUUGAAGAGAAUGAUGGUGGACGUGUACGUCCAAUUACGUCUUUAAUGCCUUCACGAAUUAGCGAAUCGGAGAACGUAAACAAAGCUGUGAAUGAAAUAGAUAAAUUUAGUAUACGACUUGGUGUUUUCGUACGUCGCUAUCCUGUUGCAAGACUAAUGUUGAUUGUAUAUAUGAUACUUUUGCAUAUAUGGGUGUUCAUUGUUUUAUUGACAUACCAACCAGAGAUUCAUCCAGUAAAGAAUAUCGAACAGAUUCAUCCUCACGCGCCCCAAGGAUGAUAUUUAAUUGUAUCCUUUUCUUUACUUAAAAUGGACGGUUAGCGGGCGAAUUUUAGUUAAAAGCCAAAUGAUAAAAUAAUGAUAUAUUUAUAUAUAUAAAGGCACAGGCAUGCAUUUGGUUUUUUCCUUUUCAAGUCGUUUGUAAUGUUAUAGAAAUUCUGAAUAAUACACAUUAUAGACAAACGAAUGCGAAAGAAAAA